AUGGUCGCGGGAUACAGUGGUCUGGGAAAGACGAGCUUCAUCCGAACACUGUGUGGAACAUUCAAGCUUCGAGCAUCCGCCACUGGUGGGCUCAAGAACAAGGCUUCUUCUCCAAACCUUCCAGACGAUAUAGCAGCUGACAAGAAACCCACCUCUCCCACCUCUCCCACCUCUCCCAUUGCCAUCAAACCUCAUACGACCAAGGAGUCUGUAGCCUAUGCUACCGGGCAGUUGGAGCGCACACUCAACUCAUUCGAGGCACUUUUUGAGAUUGAUGAAGGGAACGAAAAAAUCAACCUGACUUUGGUCGACACACCUGGAUUUGUUGGCUCUGAUGAGGUUAUUGAUUCCCAUUGCGACGAAAUCUUGCGUUAUCUUGAAUAUCAGUUUGACUUGACACUUGCUGAGGAAAGAAAAGUCCGCAGAAACCCCAAGGCUAUCGACAAUCAGAUCCAUGCCUGCCUCUACUUUAUCGACCACUCUUCACCACGCCUAGGUCUGUCGGAUGCAGAUGUUCGGAUUCUAAAGCGUCUAGGCACACGUGUCAACCUGAUUCCCGUCAUUGCUCGGGCUGAUACCCUCACACGCGCAUACUGCAAGCGUCUGAAGCAGGCUAUCCUUAAGGAUGCAGCUCACCACCAGAUUCAGUUUUUCCAAUUCUUGAGCCCCAAAUUAGCCAAGAGAUUGCAACAACAGUACGGAGAACAGAACGAUGGCAAGAAGAAGCGGGCCAGUCGACAGGGACCUGGUGAUGAUGAGGAGGCAGCAGAACACGGCCUGGCUAAUGACGAGGAAGACGAGGAAGAAGAAGAUGAUUAUGAUGAAGAUGACUGGGACUCAGAAUUCUUGGAAGAAAAGGCACAUUUACAAUCACUUGUACCCUUCACAGUGAUUGCACAGGAGGAGGAUGGCGUGGAUAUCCGUGACGAGAAUGGCAAUCACAUCCAAGGACGUGAGUUUCCUUGGGGUAUUUUGAACUGUCUUGAUAGCAAUCACUGCGACUUGGCAAGCCUUCGUUCAGCUCUAUUGUCCUCUCAUCGCCAGGAGCUUAAAGAAAUUACCUAUGGCUACUUUUACGAGAAGUAUCGUACAGAAAAGCUACUAGCACGGACCAAGAGCCAGCAAUUCGCAAUGCAACAACAGCAACAACAUCAACAGCCACAUUAUCAACAACAACCACAUCAACCAUACCCCCCACAGCAACAGCACUUGAGGAAUGGUAGUGCAGGGAUACCACCAGCACGCAUCCAGACCAAAGGCCCGAUAAUGAAUGGUGGUUCAUCAAAUGCCACCGGUACUUGGGAAGAAUAA